UCGCACAUGUUUAUCAUACGUCAUACGCGAUGUGAUAAAAGGCGGGAAGAAAUGUCACAUAAAAAGUUUUGUAUUAAAAUGUUAGUCAUUUAGUUAACUUUUACAUUGUGAUUCAUUCUGUCUAUUAAAUUUUCGAGAUGGCUGAUGAAUUCCCAAAUCCGGACGAAGAAUUCGAUUUUGUCUAUCAGGCAGAUUAUGAAGCUCUGAGAGAAUUAGAGGAACUUGAGACACUGGCACGACCUGGUCCUAGUGGAGUAUCUCGAACAGCAAACAGAAAUAAAGAUCAAACAGGCAAUAAAACUUCUGUUUCUUUUGACAAAGUUAUUGACAACGAUGCAUCUAGUAAUAAUAAAAAACGUUAUGAAGAAUCUGACAAUAUGCCUAGCAGUAGUAAAAAACGUAAUUAUGAAGAAUUGUUUGGUGACAUCUCUGAUCUUUUAGAGACAAAUGUUUCAGUUGAUGAUGAUUUUGUUAAGGAGCCAAAAGAAAAGAAACUUCGUUGGGAUCAACCUGAAGAUGUCAUUCAAAAAAUAUUAAAUGCAAGGCAGUUAUUACAUGAACAUGAUGGAGAUGCAAUGAUGAAAACAAAAUGUAAUGAGAACAAGAAGAAUUCCAUUUCUUUACGAGUUCCACCAUGGAAUUUUGUGGCGGUCACAAGAUUAUAUGAUUCCCAGCGUUUAUACAUUAGAGUUAGAAAUGUGCGAAAUGACAUUAAACAGGCCAAAAAACCAAUUACUAAUCUGCUGUCGAUAUCUUACAAACAAUUAAAAGCUCAAGCCCAAGAAAUUAUGUCGACAAAAUUAUUAGUACAACCAGUAUCUAAUUUGUGUGAUACUAAUAACAUAAUUAAUGACGAAUUAUGGGUAGAUAAAUAUCGUCCUCGAUCGUAUUUAGAAUUACUUUCAGACGAAACAGUUAACAGGCAACUCUUAUAUUGGUUGAAACUUUGGGAUAAAAUAGUAUUUAAUCGAAACAUCGCGAAACCAAAGAAAAAACAGCUGCCUGCAUUUGGAAAGAAAAAAGAUAUUGAUGAUGAAAAAGAUAUCGAAGAAGUGGAUAGCAAAGGAUAUCCAGUAAAAAGGAUAGCCUUACUUAGUGGACCACCUGGAUUGGGAAAAACGACUUUAGCACAUAUAGCAGCCAGGCAUGCUGGUUAUAAUGUAGUAGAAAUCAAUGCAAGUGAUGAAAGGAGUCCAGAUACAUUUAGACAGAUCCUUCUUGCUUCAACAGAGAUGAAAGCUGUAAUAGGCGCGGAUCCCCGACCAAAUUGUUUAAUUUUUGAUGAGAUUGAUGGUGCACCGGCUGCAUCUAUCGAACUUCUUUUAAAAUUUGUUCAAGGUAAACUAAUAUCGAAAACUAAAAAGAGCAAGGGGCAAUCGGAGAAAACGUCGGAUGGCUGUGCACGUCCUGUAGUGUGCAUCUGUAAUGAACCAUACGCACCAACAUUAAGAACAUUAAGAGCCGCUGCUAUAAUAAUUCCGGUACCAGAAGUAAGUCCUUUAAGAUUAGCAGAACGUCUAAUGGAGAUAGCGAGAAAGGAAAAGUUAAAUGUAGAUUUUGGUAAUCUUGUAAAAAUAGCAGAAAGAUCUGGUUGUGAUGUUCGAGCUUGUGUAGGAGCAUUACAGUACAUGGGUGGCACUAAUUUAAAAGAUAAUAUAUCUCUAGGCCUGAAGGAUACUCGUAAAAAUUUAUUUGAUUUGUGGAAAAAUAUAUUAACAGUUCCUAUGAACAAAGGAGGAGUGAUUCCUGUACCUGAAAGAAUCCAGAAUAUAUUGAGAAUGGUGCAGAAUGGUGAAUCGGAAAAAUUGGCACAAGGAAUAUUUCAUAAUUAUCCUGAAAUCUGCGAUAAGAAAAUUGAUAAUGUAUCCAUGUCCCUGGAAUGGUUUCAAUUUUAUGAUUUAAUAACAUCGCUUGUUACACACAAGCAAGUUUGGUCACUUAUGCCCUACACGAAUUAUGGAUUUAUUGCAUGGCAUUUGCAUCUUGCCCGAACACAAAAAGUGAAAUUGUCUUAUCCUACUAUUGUUAGUGAAGUAGUUCAGAAAUUGGCAAAAAGCACGGGUAUUUUAACGGCGAUACGAAGAGUAUGUGGACGCGAUGCUUUUACUUUAAUUAUGGACAUCGCUGGUUUUUUACCGGACCUCCUAGCACCCAAAUUACGUACAGUACCUUCUCAUUUAUAUUCGUCGAAAGAGAAAGCUGAUCUCGCUAGAAUAAUAAACGUGAUGCUUGAUUUUGGUUUAUCGUUUGUGCAAGAAAAGAAUCCUCAAGGAGGCUACAUCUAUAAUUUGGAUCCUAAUAUUUUGGAAAUCGGUGUUCUUCCCAAUUGCAAUCCGCAUCGGCAUCUUGCUUACGCGGUACAGCAAAUAAUUGCGCAAGAAUUGGAGGUUGAGCGUUUAAAGCGGGCAAGUAUCUCGAUGGGACUUGGUGGACUUAGUUCGUUUGAAAAUACGACAAAUUCAGAAAAGUCCGAAAUUACAAAAAAUAAUAAAGAUAAUAAGGAUAAAUCUCCCAAUCCACCAAAUAACGCAAAAUCGGGAAAAAAUGCGAUAUCAUUAAAGGAAAUAGUAUAUAAAGAUUUUUUCGGAAAUAUUAUUACGAAUGAUAACGAAAAUAAAUUGCCGAAUCGCAUUUCCCCAAAAUCGCAAAAAGGAUAUUCCGUAAUGCAGAAUAUUUUGACAAAACACGGAAUAUGGUACAAAUAUAAAGAAGGUUGCAAUAAUGCUGUUCGCCGAAGUGUAUUCAUGGAGAAACUCUUAUAAAUAAAAAUUGUUU